CCGGCUCCGGACCCGGCCCAUGGCGGCUCCGGCAGCGGCCGCCACCGCAGGCAGCCGGUGAGCCCAGGCCGGAGCGGGUGGUGUGGCCGGUGGCACGGCCGGUGGCACGGCCGGUGGCGCAGCGGGACCAUGCAGGCAGAGGCCAGAGGGGAAUUCCGCGGCCGGGACCAGCGCCCUGGUGCUGGUGUGGCAGAGCUCGGCAAGGAGCCGCUGGCCCUGGAGUGCCCAGCGGGGACCCCCACCCACGGGCCAGCCCAGGAGACCCCUCGAGUCCCCCCAGAAGAGCAGGGUGGCAUCCCUAUCCCCAGCGCUGGCCUGCUGCAGGUCACUGAGCGUCGACAGCCCCUGAGCAGCGUGUCCUCGCUGGAGGUGCACUUCGACCUGCUGGACCUGACGGAGCUGACGGACAUGUCGGACCAGGAGCUAGCCGAGGUCUUCGCCGACUCCGACGAGGAGAACGCGGCCGGAGAGACUCCCGGCGGGCUGCAGCCGCCGCCGGUGCCGCGGGCCGGGUACCUGCGCUCGCCUUCCUGGACCCGCGCGCGGGAGCAGGGCCGCGACAAGAAGCACCUGAGUGACCCCGAGCUGCCGUCGGGACCCCCGGGACCCCCGGACGCCUUCCUGCCCGCCGAGCGCCCGCGGGAGCCGUAGGGACAGGACCUGCUGGAGGACACCGGGACACGCCGGUGCUGCUCCCGUCGGUACCGAUGGAGCCCGUCCCCGGGCGCAGGACUCCCGUUAGCCCGCCCGGAGGGCAGAGACGGCCACAGCCCCGCGGGGGGAGGCACUGGGGCCGCCCACAGCCGGUCACCCGCGGCCUCGG